AUGGUGACUCGCGAGGUGCGGAUCAAGCAGGGCUGGCUGCAGGGCCUGGUGAUGGAGCUGCAGAGCCCGAACCUCGGCCCCGUGGACGCCUUCCUGGGCGUGCCGUACGCGCUGGCGCCCGUCGGCUCCAAGCGCUUCGUGCCGCCGUCGGCGCCGCCGCCGUGGGAGGGCCUGCGAGAGGCGUUCAGCUACGCGCCCGUCUGCCCGCAGCGGCCGCCCAACAUGCAGGACGUCAGCGACGAGCGCUACAACUACCUCAAGCGCCUGCUGCCGUACCUCUCCAACACCAGCGAGGACUGCCUCUACCUCAACAUCUACGUCCCGCAACAAGGUAGGCACGCGCUUUCGCACCACCGACUGCCGGGCACUUAA